CUACUCGUUGGCUUUAAUAGCUAUUCCCCCUUUGUGAGUGGUGCCAGUAAUACGUUUGCAAGCAUUUAUUUACUGUGUAUAAACAGCAAAUAGUGUGUUUUGGUGAAUAUCUACUUCUGUGUUUGUAAUUUUGUUUUCACGACACGAUUGUACUGCAUUUUUAUUAUUUAUAGUUUUUAUGGAGAUAACUGUGUAACGACCUUAUUGUGCCAUGAACGGACUCUCGGUAUUGCCACGCAGUUGUGAUAAAAUCAUCCAACGAAUUCCGAAGGAGGCAAAUGGACAUCAUCAUCAUCCUCACAGGAAACUAUACGACAAUGAUGGCGAAAUUCAAGAAUACAGAGAAGAUAUCAUCAAUGAAGUGGACGAAGAUACUGUUAGGUAUCCAGAUGGCAGUGUGCGGCUUCGUAAUCCAAACAUCGAGCUUAUGGACCAGGAUAUCCUUUACCAUUUAGCGUUGGGGAGCGGCUCUCAUGAUCUGGUCGAAAUGUUUGGAGACGUGAAGUUCGUGUGCAUGGGCGGGACACCGAAGCGAAUGGAGCAGUUCGCGUACAACAUCAUGGCAGAAAUUGGACACAAGCUUCCCUGCGGGACCACACUGCAAGAUAUCAGCCAUUUCUCUUAUAGAUAUUCUAUGUAUAAAGUUGGACCAGUACUUUCAAUAAGUCAUGGUAUGGGGAUUCCAUCAGUGGGGAUUUUACUCCAUGAGGUGAUAAAGCUGAUGUAUCACGCAAAGGUACGCGACCCUGUGUUCUUUAGAAUCGGCACAUGUGGGGGCAUCGGCUACGAAGGCGGUACAGUUGUGAUCUCAGAAGAGGCUGUGGAUGGAGCAAUGAGAAACGUACUUGAAUUGACCGUGUUAGGCAAGGUCGUUCAACGGCCGGCUAAAUUGGAUCGACGACUGGUGCGAGAACUGAAAGGUUUAGCCGACCCCGAGGAUCCGUACGAUACUAUUACCGGAAGGACGAUGUGCACCUACGACUUUUACGAGGGGCAAGGGCGUUUGGAUGGCGCGUUUUGCGACUUCACGGAAACCGAUAAGAUGGAGUAUUUGGAGAGUCUUCAUAAAGCCGGCGUAGUCAACAUCGAAAUGGAAUCUCUAGCGUUCGCGGCGCUCACACACCAUGCUGGUAUCAAGGCAGCUGUCGUAUGCGUAACUCUACUCGAUCGACUUAAGGGAGACCAGGUGCUAGCUCCCAAAGAAGUAUUAGAUGAAUGGCAGCAACGACCCACGAAGUUGGUUUGCCGUUACAUAAAGAGAUAUCUUCAAAUGAAGGGCCGUUUGUCGUUGGAAGGGCACGGUUCGAUCGCCGUUAAGAGCCCGCGUCGAUUCAAAUUGGUUCAGCAGGAAUCUGAAAAUUACGAUUAAAAUGACCACUUGUGAACAUCUCCUAUUGUGGGCGUUAUUGAUAGUUACAAUAAUUACUUUGCAGUCUUACAGAGACCAAGAAUUCGAUCAGUUUGUAAGUGUGAAGUUGCCGAGCAAAA